GAUGGUCCUACAAUUUAAUCUUCUUUUAGAAGGUGCUUUCUUUAUAAUCUCACUCAUUCUUCCCCACUUGCAUGCUUUUUCAGAAAUCAAUCAGAGCACCAAUGUCAAGCUGUGGGGUGCAACACCCAGAAACAUGAAUUAUAAUGCUCCCUUUCUAUUCAAACCAAUUUAUGAUCAUAACUUGCUUUUCAUACAUUAACAUGUUGACUAAUUUCAACCAACCAACCUACUACUUUCUCUCCCUCUUUCUCUUCUAAUUCCCAAUGCCCAGCUCUUUCAGUUUCACUUUAACACAUACCGCCAUAUCCUUCUCUUCUCAGUUCUCAUGCAUCAAACACCAGUAAAUCUUUAUAUUACAUAUAAAUAUAACAUGUCCCUUUUCUCUGUUGCUUAAUUUAAUUUAUAUGUUUGUUUCUGAUCUCGCCAGUACUGGUUUAUUUUAGUAAAUUUUAGAUCCGACCUACUUAUACCUGCAGCUUUCUCCUAUCUGAGCGCUCAAAUUAUGUGGCUGCAACACCCUGCUUGAAAUCAAGUUAUAGCAUCAAGCUUCGCAUAAUUUUGUCCCAAGUAGUAUCUGGUGCGGGCAUGUCCUGGUGUGUAGCAAAAAUUUGUAAUCAACUUUUGAUUGAAGGAAGCAAAGAUGAAGUUUAUGAAAUUAGGGACAAAGCCAGACACCUUUUAUACAGAAGAGGCUACCAGGAGCGUGAUUUCAGAUGCACCAAGUGACCUCAUUAUACAAGUUAACAACAUUAGUUUUCUUCUCCAUAAGCUGCAGUUUCUACUUCUUCCCAAGUGUGGCCUCUUACAACGCCUUUGCUCCGAUGUUCAUGAUUCUGGCAAUGCUACAAUAGAGCUUCACGAUAUUCCUGGAGGAGAAGAUGCUUUUGAACUGUGUGCUAAGUUUUGCUAUGGAAUAACAAUCAAUCUUAGUGCCUAUAACUUUGUAUCUGCUUUUUGCGCUGCUAAGUUUCUUCGGAUGACUGAAUCCGUGGAGCAUGGAAAUUUUGUUCUAAAACUCGAGGCUUUCUUCAAUUCCUGCAUUCUCCAAGGCUGGAAGGAUUCCAUUGUCACACUUGAGAACACCAUCAAGUUAUCUGAGUGGGCAGAGAAUCUUGGAAUCAUUAGAAGAUGCAUCGAUUCAAUUCUUGAGAAAAUCCUAGCACCCCCGGCAAAGGUCACUUGGUCGUACACAUACACUAGACCAGGGUAUACCCGAAAACGCCACCAAUCGGCACCAAAAGAUUGGUGGACAGAAGACAUAUCUGAUUUAGACAUAGACCUUUUCCGAUGUAUAAUCACAGCUGUUAGAUCAACAUAUAUGCUGUCAACACAACUUAUUGGUGAAGCUUUACAUGUUUAUGUUUGUCGUUGGCUACCAGACACAACAAAGAAUAUAUCUCCAGAAACCUCAGCUUCUCAAACAGAAGAAACGUUGGAAAAGAAUCGCCGAAUUCUUGAAACAAUUGUGAGCAUGAUUCCAGCUGACAGAGAAUCAAUAUCAGUUGGGUUCUUGCUUAGACUCCUUAGCAUUGCUAAUUAUCUAGGAGUUUCUCCAGUGACAAAGACAGAACUAAGAAAGAGAGCUAGUCCAAAACUUGAGGAGGCAACCAUUAAUGACCUGCUAUUUCCUUCACAUUUGUCCUCUGAUCAGCAUCUUUAUGAUAUUGACUUGGUUAUGGCUGUCUUAGAAAGUUACAUGGUUGUAUGGAGAAGACAAUCCCCUGCAUCUGCUGAUAACAGCGAGAGUUUGAGAUCUAUUAAAAAGGUCGCAGAACUGAUUGACUCUUAUCUCCAAGUUGUUGCAAGGGAUGUUAACAUGCCUGUGUUUAAAGUAAUGUCUCUUGCCGAAGCAUUGCCAGAUGUUGCCAGAGAAGAGCAUGAUAGCCUUUACAAGUUCAUUAACAUAUAUCUCAAGGAGCAUCCUGGAUUAAGCAAAGCAGAAAAGAAGAGGCUGUGCGGAAUUUUAGACUGCCAAAAACUAUCUAAAGACAUAAGAGCGCAUGCUGUAAAAAACGAGCGAUUACCAUUGAGAACAGUAGUGCAAGUCAUUUUCUAUGAACAAGAGAGCGGUUCCAGGGGGAGUGGGCAUAAGCAUAAGAGUAAGACGCCACCACCUCAGGUUGAGGGGAAAAAAGAUCAUUAUAUAAGUAAAUUAAAACUGGGUCCAGAAGAUAAAUUCUCUGAAACAAGCGAGAAAGUUAUGAGAAGAUUAGAUGGAAAGUUGGAGGUGGAGAGGAGAGACAUUCAAGGAAUUGAAACAGAGAGUAGAAGAGAAGGAAAGAAGUUGGAUACAGUUCCGAAGAAAUCAUCAGACAAAGGGAGAGACAGAUAGGGUGGAUGAUUGCAUAAUCUGCAUUAUAAUUGUGUAUUUUAAUUUCAAUUUAAUUUGAUAUAUCCUUUAAUAAAUAUUUCUGAAAUUAAUAUAAUA